UUCUGCUGCACACCUGCUGCAGUCUCUUUGCUUGCUGCCCACAUUGAUACACACGCUCGGAUCAUGGAAAAUUUAGUCUUUUUUUUACAAUCAUUCAUCCCCAUCAUGGACUAAUUAUAUUUCUUGAAAGGUUACAAUGGAGUCCUUACCCGUGCACACCUGUGAUCAGACAGAAGCUGGAGCAGGCCUGCCGAAGGAGGCAAAUCCAAGCAACACUGACCCUCAUGAGCAAGAUCUGUUCCACGAGGAUGCACAAGGCUCUCAGCAGUCCAGUCAACCAUGGUGGAGAAUCAAACUCUUUGUUUGGGAGCCGGUUCUUUUUGGUACCUGGGAUGGUGUCUUCACCACGUGCAUGAUUAACAUCUUUGGUGUUGUUUUGUUCCUGCGUACUGGCUACUUAGUGGGCAACACAGGUGUGCUGCUCGGGAUGCUCCUGGUCUCCAUGGUGGUUCUGUUUGCUUUGGUGACAGUCAUGUCUGGGAUUGGUGUGUGUGAGUACUGCGGAGUGGGAAGUGGAGGUGUGUACUCCAUGAUCUCCACGGUCCUUGGGGGCAGGGUGGGGGGCACCAUGGGCCUUCUCUAUGUGUUUGGACAGUGCGUCGCCGGCGCCAUGUACAUCACUGGUUUUUCGGAGUCGGUGGCACAGCUGCUGGCUCUUCAGAGCCAGUGGGCGGUGCGAGGAAUGUCAGCUGCUGUACUGCUCGCCCUGCUUGGAAUCAACCUGGCAGGUGUCAAGUGGAUUGUGCGACUCCAACUGCUGUUACUGACGGUGCUGGCUGUCUCAACACUGGACUUUGUCGUUGGUACUUUCACGCACCUUGACCCAGAGCAUGGUUUCAUUGGUUAUUCUGUUGGUCUGCUCAGCCACAACUUGCUGCCCGAUUAUAGCCCGGGAGAACAUUUCUUUACAAUCUUCGGGGUCUUCUUCCCUGCUGCUACAGGUGUUAUGUCAGGCUUCAACAUGAGCGCAGACCUGCAGCGGGCCGAACACAAUAUCCCUUUGGGAACGCUGGCAGCAGUUUUCACCUCGUGGUUCCUGUAUCUGGUCUUCGUCUUCCUCCUCGGUGCCAUAUGUACUAGAGAUGCUCUGCGCUUCGAUUUCUUAAUAGCAGAAAAGGUCUCCUUGGUGGGUUUCCUGUUUCUGCUGGGCCUCUACGUCUCCUCCCUGGCUUCCUGCAUGGGCGGCUUGUAUGGAGCGCCCAGGAUCCUGCAGUGCAUCGCCCAAGAAAAGGUCAUCCCUGCGCUGGCCUUUCUGGGAACGGGGAAAGGCCCAAACAAGACUCCCGUGGCAGCUAUCUGCCUGACCAGCCUGCUGAGCAUGGCCUUCGUUUUCAUCGGCCAGGUCAACGUGCUGGCACCCAUCGUCACCAUCAACUUCAUGCUCACCUACAGCUUCAUUGAUUACUCCUACUUCUGCGUCUUCAUGACCUUCCAGUUGAAGAAUCAAGACAAAAGCAGCCAACGGAGAUUCACCAGACAGAUGUCCGAGCCUUUGAUUGACACCGCGGCGACUGGUUAUGGUAGUGGAGAGGGAAGUCCACAAAGGAAGGACACUUUGAUGGAGUUCACCAAGGACAUGGAUCGGAUCUUUCCCUCGGCCUUUGAUGGAGUUGCUGGAGCUGAGAAAAUCUCACAGGGCGGGAACAAGAGCAAGGAGGCCAAGCAGAAGCUGAUGGACAGUUUUGCCUUGGACCCGCAGCGCAAUGUCUUUGCGAAUAAACAAGUUCAGCCACCUGAGGUGGAGAAAGCAGGAACCCGUCUUGGUGAACAUCCAUCGUCCGGCCAAAAUCAUAUAGCCACUGGAGAAAAAUCAGAGCAGCACAAUUUAGAAAUCAAACCCAAGCCUGACUCAAUCUACGCCAAGUUUAGUAGCCACUGGAUGGCUCUUCUUGGUGCUUUGAGCUCCCUGUUGAUCAUGUUUAUUAUUCAUUGGCUUUAUGCACUAGCAAACAUAGGCGUUGCACUGCUGCUUUUCUUCUACAUCGGCAAAACCAGCCCAGGACUACACAGAGGUGUUGCAGUUCGAUUCAGUUUUCCUGCGUGGCUCAAAUCAACAUUCAACAGGAUUUGCAGGAGGACGGCGUCUCCCAGAGAUGAAAUUGUAGUGACACCAUCUCUGUCAGGGGUCGGUAUUAGAACUAAGCAGCUGACGGAGGAAAAUGCCGACUUUGCGUCUCGCAGCCGCUAUCACCAGUCCUCGUUCAUCAAGAGGGAAGUGAUGUUGCAACCGCCUCAUGGGUAACUUAAGCACAACCUCAGUUGUUGGAACUUAACUAGUUAUUAUUGCAAACAGUGCAUGUGAGUUCAUGCGUGUGUGUAAGCGAGAGGGCAAAUCUUUGACUCCUUUUCUAUUCAAUGAAGUUGAAUCAAACAAAAAGACAAUUUUGUCCUCAUGUGCAGUAGAACAUCAAAUAAGAUUGUACCGUCACUGUUCAACUUGUUUACAGCACUAUGUGUUCGAAACGAAUUAAAAGGUUAUACUCCAA